CUCAGAACCACUGAGCAGAACUUCAUAUCAAGUCCAUCCAUCCUUAUAUAUAGAGAACUCCGCAGCUCAGGAGUGCAGUGCCUACGAUGAGUUCUUCGGGAAAUGGACUUGAAACAUUUAACCUGGGGGACUUUAAGCUUGAGUCGGGUGAAAUCCUCACAGGUGCAUUACUAGCAUACAAGACCUAUGGUGAUCCUCAAAAUGCAGCGAUCAUCAAUCCAACCUGGUAUACAGGAUCUGUUCACGAUUGCGCCAAAAACUUCUCGAGCUCCAACGUGUCACUGAAUCCUUCACAAUAUUUUAUCGUCGUCCCGGCGCUUUUUGGAAACGGUGAAAGCACCUCUCCUUCAAACCGGCCUGACCUCGGUGAGAAUUUUCCAACGGUCACGUUUGCCGACAAUGUUCAUGCACAGUAUCGGCUACUCACCGAGAAACUUGGUGUAAAACAUGCCAAAGCUGUGGUUGGCUGGUCGAUGGGUGCCGCCCAGUCGUACCAGUGGGCUGUUCAGUAUCCUGACUUCAUGGAUUGCAUUGCGCCUAUAUGUGGCUCAGCAAAAACUGCAAUUCACAACAACGUCUUCUUGGAGGGGGUCAAAAGUGCGUUGAUUGCCGCUCGUGGCGGUACCAGUCUAGGGAUCGGCAAGGGGCAACAGUACCCUUCGAGUAGCCCCUGGACGACUGAGCAGCGGGUAGUUGGUCUCAAAGCAUUGGGACGAGUAUACGCAGGAUGGGGUUUCAGCCAACCUUGGUACCGGCACAAUCACUACACCCACUUCGGUGCUCGGGAUGCAGAAGACUUCAUUGUCAAAUUCUGGGAAACAUGGGCGCUUACGAACGAUCCCGAAGAUGCCUUAGUCAUGCUCCGUACCUGGCAACUUGGAGACAUUUCAGCCUUGCCACAAUUUGGAGGAGACCUGAAGAAGGCUCUUGGGAGUAUCAAGGCGAAAGCUGUGCUUGCCCCAUGCAAGACCGAUCUGUAUUUUCCCCCGGAGGAUUCUGAGGUUGAGGUAGACAAUAUGCCGAAGGGGAGAGCGACCUUGAGCGUUAUUCCCAGUAUAUGGGGUCACUGGGCUGGAGGGCCUGGCGACAGUAAGGAGGAUUGGGCAUUCUUAGAUGAGCAGAUGGGGAGGCUCCUCUCAGAGGUGUAGUACUGCUGUACAUGGAUGUAAAUAUAUCAGCC